GGUGCCCAAAGACAGCAUGUCUACAUUUGGGGAGCUAUCAGACAUCUUACAUCACAAACUCUAACUCUACCUGACGACCUGAUGAGGGGCACCUCUAAGUUUGCCAAUCAGUUAGGCUGUGCUAAGGAGCACCAGAAACGCACUCACAAACGAAUCCAGCUGCAGAAGGAAAUGGGUGCCAUGCAGGGGACGAUACCUUACCUGGGCACCUUCCUGACAGACCUGACCAUGUUAGAUACUGCCCGGUCAGACCUAGUAGAGGGGGGGCUAAUCAACUUUGAGAAGAUGCGAAGGGAGUUUGAGGUGAUAGCUCGGAUCAAGCUGCUGCAGUCUGCGUGUAACAGCUACUGUCUUAUUGCUAAUGCUGCCUUCCUGCGCUGGUUCAAGGGCCAGCCUCAACACAGAGAGGAGGAGAGCCAUGCCAUGUCUUGUGACAUUGAAGGAGUGGGAGACAGCAGUACGACUUUAUGCAAACUUUGCAAGGGCAUUGUCAAGAGACUUAGCCAGCAGUCGCGCACAAGAUGGUUGCGCUCCCUAACGCCCAUGUCCCCCUCCUCUCCCCUGCCCCCUGCCUACAACACCCAGGCUCAGGACGCCUGCAUCAUCAGAGUCAGCCUGGAGCAGGGCAAUGGCAACCUCUACAAGAGCAUCAUGUUGACGAGUCAGGAUAAGACUCCAGCAGUGAUUUCUAGAGCCGUGGCCAAACAUAACCUGGAGAGUGAGCCUGGGGAGGGAUACGAGCUGGUGCAGGUCAUCUCUGACGAAAGAGAACUGGUGAUUCCUGACAACGCCAAUGUGUUUUACGCCAUGAACACCUCAGCCAACUUUGACUUCCUGCUGCGUGUGCGAGGCACGGCAGGGUGGCCUGUCCAGCUGAGGAGUCGCCAUGUCUCCACACUCCCCUGUGCCCAGCAGCGUGCCAGCCUGCGCCUCAGCAAGGCAGCGGGGGACCGGCUGCCACCCGGCCACACGGUGAGCCAGCUAGAAACCUGGAAGAUCCGUGCUGGAACUCUGGAGCGGCUGGUAGAGACCCUGCUGACGGGGUUCUGGGGCAAUGACCUCGCCUACACCAGCAUCUUCCUGUCCACAUACCGCACCUUCGCCAGCACGCACACUGUGCUGCAGUUGCUGCUAGACAAGUAUGGAAUUCCAGAGGGUAGUGAAGGACAGACUGAGCGAUGUAGACCCUCUGAAACCAAAGGAGCUGUUCGAAUUGCCCUGGCCUCCAUCUUGAGAGCCUGGAUGGGCCAGUAUCGAGAGGACUUCCAGGAGCCUCCAUCCUACCCCUGCCUCCACAGGGUGAUGGCCUACCUACAGAGGGCCCUGCCUGGAUCGGAGCCCAUGCGUAGAGCCCAGAGUCUACUGGAGCAGCUGAAAGCUGAGGCCAGUCUGGAUGUAGACUCAGAGGGUUUCUCCAGCGGUUUUGACAGCAUACGCUCCUUCGGCCUGUGUGAGGAUGAGGAAGUGGAGAUUGAGGUCCAGGAAGACUUCAUGUCAUUUGAUACAGAUUUGGUGGCAGAGCAACUGACCUAUAUGGAUGUGUUGUUGUUCAAGAAGGUGAUUCCUCACCACUGCCUGGGCUCCAUCUGGUCCCAGAGGGAUAAGAAACAGAACAAGCACAGUGCUCCCACCAUCCGUGCCACCAUCACCCAGUUCAACGCUGUGGCAGCAUGUGUGGUCAGAACCAUACUGCACCGACAACAGAUCCGCCCACACCUCAGGGCACGGGUCAUCAAGCGCUGGAUAGACAUCGCUCAGGAGUGUCGCAUGCUUAAGAACUUCUCGUCGCUGCGUGCCAUUGUGUCUGCUCUGCAGUCCAACCCACUCUACAGACUGAAGAGGGCCUGGUCCUGGGUGCCCAAAGACAGCAUGUCUACAUUUGGGGAGCUAUCAGACAUCUUCUCGCAUCACAACAACUACCUGACCAGCCGAGAGCUGCUGAUGAGGGGAGGGCACCUCUGAGUUUGCCAAUCAGUUAGGCUGUGCUAAGGAGCACCAGAAACACACUCUCAAACGAUUCCAGAGGAAAAUGGAAAUGACUGUUCCAGGGAGUUGACUCCUCAGCAGCCAGUUCCCCAUUGAGUGAAACAGCCUGGCCCGCCCUGCAUGUACUGUAUCUUGGUCUUCCUGUUGGCCAUUUCCCUCGCCUAAAACACCCAGGCCUCCUGCAUCAUCCUAGUAAGCCUGUGUUAUGCCAUGACACCUCAGCUAACUUUGACAUCCUGCUGUAUGUGCGGGGCAGCCAGUCCAGCUGAGGAGUCUCUGUGCCUCCGGCGCCCCAACAGUGCUCCCCCCCCCCCAGAGAUGCUGGGAGACUGAGAAGGACCAAACAUGGGGGAAUGAGUUCAAGUCAAUGAGGUAGACUCAGAACUACCUAUUCCCUUGUCCCCAAUCGGACCCCCACCUCUGUGCCCCCCUCCCCCACACCAGUAGCAGACUGUGGCCUUCCUGUCCGCUGUGUACCAGUGUGCACUGUGUACCACGCGGGGCUGCACCUCUCAUUGUGAGCUGUGUGAUAGCUUACUACUUGGUUUUAACAAGUUAUUUCCUUUUUAAUAUUGUCUAGCUGUCCUAUCACCUGUAGGGUGUAAUGACACAAAUAGGAUGGGUCUCUGUGAGGCCCGGAUUGCGCUGCCUGACGCAUUGAUUAGCAGUCCUAAUAGAAAUGCAUUUGUUUGUGUUUGGGUGACUUCAGGAGGUAGGAAGUAGAUGGAAUGAGUGACCUAAUCUUACUCUUUUCACCUCAGAACAAAAUGGAGUAUCAUUUAGUUUCUCUUUGAUUUGUUUUUUUUAAAGGGCAGAAAACCAUGUCACACACAAUGUACAAAUCAUUAGGAACACCUCUUUCCAUGACACUGACCAGGUGAAGGCUAUGAUCCCUUAUUGAUGUCACCUGUUCAAUCCACUUCAAUCAGUGUCGAUGAAGGGGAGAAGACAGGUUAAAGAAGGAUAUUUAAGCCUCGCAAUAAUUGAGAGAUGGAUUAUGUGUUUGCCACUCCGAGGGUGAAUGGGCAAGACAAAAAGAUUUAAGUGCCUUUUGAAUGGGCUAUGGUAGUAGGUGCCAGGUGCACC